AUGAAGCUCAACCCCAGUAAAUGUGUGUUUAGCAUUACGUUAGGGAAGUUUUUAGGCUUUAUAGUGUCACAACUCGGGGUGGAAGCUAAUCCCGAUGAGGUUCAAGCUAUAAUGGAGAUGGCUCCUCCAAAGAACACCAAGGAGAUGCAAAGCCAGAACGAUAGGGUUGCAGCCUUUAACAAGUUUGUUUCUAGAGCAACGGAUAAGUGUCUGCCCUUCUUCAAGGUGCUAAAGACGGCUUUCGAGUGGACCGACGAGUGCCAGAGGGCAUUUGAAGAACUAAAGACCUACCUUGUAUCCCUACCGUUAUUCAAUCCAUCCAAACCUGGUGAAGAGCUCUCCCUCUACUUAGCUGUGUCUUCAACGACCAUUAACUCUACUCUCAUACGAAAAGAAGACCGGGUGUAG